AACACUGCAGUGAACCACCACAACACCACAUGAGUGAAGUGUGGACGAGUGUGUGACUGUGUGUGUUUGUGUGUGUGUUCACGUGGCAUGUGUUGAAGCCUGCCGUAGCAUUACAAGAAGAGGAAACAUGGCCAGUGACUUGAAGUCCUACGUGGAGAAGUACUUGUUGAACCCCGGAGCGUCAUUUAAUGUAGACGAUGAGGGCAAUCAAGAGACCCGAGCCCAGGUUGUGGAGUCGCUGCUGGAGGAGGAGAAGGUGGACAGCGGACAUCAGCCCCUCAGUAAGCUCCGGGCUAGGCGGGCGGCUCUGGAGGCCGAGAAGGACCCAAGGUACAGUGGCAAGAAAGUUCUGAGGAAGGACUUGAAGAAGGACAGUGAGGUAGAAUUCGAUCCAGAGCUUGCUAAAUUUUGCAUCUUAGAAGGAAGUGAAGAUGAUGAUGAUGAUGAUAAUGAAGAAGAGGAGGAGGAGGAGGAUGGUGAUGAAGAGGAAGAGGAAGAGGAAGAGAGUGAUGAUGAAAGCAGUGAUACACUUCCAAGAAGAAUGAAGAAGCUAGAAACAAGUGAAUUUGAGGAAGAUAAUGGAGAGGAGGAGGAGGAUGAAGAAAGCUGUGCAGAAGAUGAAGAGGUGAAGAAGCUAUAUCAGAACCUGCAGAGGAAACAGGAAGGUGUCACAUUUAUUGAUGACGGUGACUUUAGCAAAUUUGCCGAUGAUAUGGAUGAGGAGGAAGAUGAUGAUGAUGAGGAGGAGGAGGAGGAGGAGGAGGAGGAGGGGGGAGAAGAGGAGGAGGAAGAGGAUGAGGGUGUAGAGGAAGAUAUGGACAUGGAAGACACACAGGGGAAGGAAGGUCCACUGAGGAAGUUUCGACAAGAGGACACGUCAGAGGAGGUGAAGAGAGGACAGGCCGUGAAGAACCAACUUGGUAUAUACGACUCACUGUUUGAGGGUCGUAUCUGUAUGCAGAAGGUGGUGUCAGCGUCCAAUCAACUACCACAGCACGACACAUACAAGCUCUUCUUGAAGGAACGAGAUCCAAACUACCACAAGAACUUGACGGCAGCAAGAGUGGCCAGCAAAAAACUUCUCGACUCUUUGCUUGAGAUACAAGAGAUUUUGUUGCGCCAGUAUCCAGAGACAGACCACAUUGUGACGGGCAAGGCAGCCAAGGACACUGGCACUGAGAGUGACGAGGAGAUCACCAGCAGUGAGGAGGAGGACCAGGAGCAGAGUGGCACAGCGGCAGCAGCAGGGGCAGGGUUCCAGGGAGUGAAGCGUAAAAUGAAGGUGGAGGAGUAUGAGGAAGUGCUGAGCAAGAGACACGCUGCAAUGUUGCCAUUUCGGGACCAAACCAUCAACAAAUGGUACGAGAAGACAAGGUUGCUGUCCAGCCGCAGCGCGAGAGGCAACAGGUUCAGCGGCUUUGAGACCUCGGCCCUGCAGCAGCUACACAACAUCCUGGCCAACAGACAGCCACUGGUUCGCCGUACCCAGAUGUCCGGCACCACCCGCGGCGCCACCUAUCAUGUGCUGGGCCGCCCCAGGGAUGCCACCAAGGUGGAGGAUGUGGAAUAUGACACGGAGAUAUUCGACGACACCGACUUUUACACACGGUCGCUGGAGGAUGUACUGAAGGCCAAGGUGUCUCUGUCGGACAACAUGACGGACGUGUCUCGGAAGUGGAUUGAGAUACAGAACCUGAGGCGGAAAGCAAAGAAGAAGGUGGACAAGAAGGCGAGCAAAGGAAGGAAGAUUAGAUAUGAAGUGAUGAGUAAGCUGCAGCAGUACAUGGCGCCCUCACACCAUCCUCACAUGGACGACAGUGCCAUCAACACCCUGUUUGCCUCACUGUUUGGCAAGGCAGUACACAAACACAGGCCUCCCAAAACGCAAUGAUGAUGUCAGUACUUAGUCAUUAUAUUGUUGUUGUGUA